GACCUUCCCACUGAUUUCCUUUCCUUCCCUGUCCUGUCCUGUCCUGUCAUUCACGAAACCGAGAGCGAUUGUGUCAGCACUCGCGCUAUUAAAACCUCGCCCUGCUCCUCAUUUCUACCACACUCUUCCUUCCACCAUCUCCACAAUCCUCUCACUCUCUCGCGCUCUCCAAAUCUCUGUCAUCGUCUCACUCUCCUCCUUUGCAGUCUUCUGAUCCUCCUCUUGCUGGAGGAGCUUCUGCUCGAGUUCACGAGAUCCUUAGAACGCUAGAGCUGUCCAGGAGCAGGCAGUGCGCUCAAUUUGGGCUGCAUCGAUUGAGCUGCUUGCAGCUUUGCCUUUCUUCAGAAACUUGAACGAGCUUUUUCUGCGGGUUCGGGUGAGCGUCUGAUUCGGGGACAAGUUUGGUGCCCUCGUGUGUUUGAGACGAAAUUAUCGAACCAUACUCGCCGAGUCCGUCGACAGGAACUCGGAAGAAACGAAGUCUUUCUGGGCCGACGUCGGGUCUCUCUCUCUCUCUGCGAGAAUUAAAUUUGGGGAGUCGCUUCGGCAAUUUGCGCUUGCGCAGCUCUGAUUCCAGUUCUCCGAGAAAGGGCGACGGGAAAUUAGAUUUUCUCGACGUUCUGGGCUUGAAGGAGGCGUGCGUGAAGGGUCGAUUCUGCCAGUGACAAAGUGUAGCGCAUUUCAUAGCACAGCGGAACAUCGCAGGUUGAGUUCGAGGUUGAGGUUGAGGUUGAGAUGGCGGUUACGUGCACGCAGAAGUGCGGUUUGGUGUGGCUACUGCUGAUUCUGAUGGGGUGCACAUUGAGAAGAUGCGAUGGCGCGAGCUUCUCGAAGCAGUACAUGAACAGAAGAAGAGCGGGAAACGGCGAUGGGGCAAACAUUCUGCAGGUCGGGGCCUGGGCUUCGACGGUGCCAUCGUACGCAUUGAAUUGGCCGCAGCACCAGGGCACGACGGAGGAUCUGGCCGAAGUGCGAGCGCAGGGCAUUUCCACCGGAGAGAACGACAUGUUGGCAAGUUGGGCCGACACCUCGGCCGCUGCGUCUGAAGACGAGCUCGACAUGGACUACCUCUGGACCGUCACCCAUGAGGACAUCAAGAAAUUCAAGUCCAACCCUUGCGCGCCCGGAAGAGAUUGCACGCACUACGAGCAGGCUGGAUACGUGUUCAACUCCAUGACCUUGUAGAAAGAAAGAACUUCAUUCCUCAACACCAUCACAGACAGACACAUUUCAUGAUCCGAUUCGGGGAUAAGGAGCCUUGCGUGCUUGCUACGAUGUUCCCUUGAUUGUACAGAUACGAGUUUUAGUUACGGGUUCCCUUCCAUUGUUCAUCAAUCUGCCGGAAGGGGAGUAUCCCUCGGCGCUUACAAGUUUUGAUAUUAGCCCAGCAGUAGACAAUAGACAGUAAGAUACAAUCUAGAGCCCUUCCGACGUAGAGACAACCUUAGGGAUUUGUAUGUACGAACACCAUUUAUCGAAGGUGAUGUUUUCUUUCCGGAGAUGUAGCUCGAGUUUAGAGAAAAGCUCCGAGAAAAGAAUAGUCAUUCUUAUUUUUUGAAAAAUUUCUCAUCAUCUUAUGGAGAUGCAUGCAGCGCAAUGAGAGAACUCCAAGAGAGUCAGUCAGUUUGGCCUCACUCUU